UACUUCAACUUCAGAUUUUUUUUUUUGUCGCAGUUUCAGUUUUCAGCUGUUGUAGCAGCUCAGACGUUUAGAAGUUUAAGUCCUUAUCUCAGUGGAAACGAUGGCCCGUUAUGAAGAAGUGAAUGUGCACGGAUAUGGUGAAUUUUGUAAGGCGGUGUCUGAGAGAAAAGGAAAGGAUAUUUUCGCGUAUUUUUCAGGCGAUAAAGACGCUGAGGGAAGGAGCUGGUGUCCAGAUUGUGUGAAAGCUGAGCCAGUUGUAAGAGGAGAGCUGACUCAUCUUCCUGAGGGCUCCGUCUUCAUCUAUUGUCAAGUUGGAGAUAGACCUUAUUGGAAGGAUCCAAACAAUGACUUCAAGAAGACUCUGAAGUUGGCUGGAGUUCCCACUCUGCUACGAUACGGCACACCUCAGAAGCUGGUGGAGGAAGAGUGCUUCAAACCACAGCUGGUGAAGAUGAUGUUCACUGAAGACUGAGGGAUCGUCGGCUUUUUAACUUGUUCAUAAAGAAGCCAACAUUUCUUCACUAAAUAACCGUUUACACCAUUUAAUUCAAGCACUUAUGAAUCAUCCAGCUUUGAUUUGAUGCAAAUGAAAUGUCAGCCGUGCAUUAACAAAACCAUCAAUCAGUCUGUAAAAUGCUGCUUUCCAGCUUAUUCUUCAGUGGGAUAUUUUGAAGGAUGCAUUUUGCUCUCUGAUUAUUCUGUGCAAUCAAUGAAUAUUGUACUGUAUAUAAAUACACACUAGUUGCUGAUUAAAAAAUAUCUUUUUAUUUUUUGAUAAUUUCUGCAUUGCCUUACAGUUGAACCUGAAUAAAAGGACAUUUGAUGUGGAACAUUUAAA